AUAACAUCACACAUACAAGUGGUAGACGUUUCACUGCCGAUGAGAAAAGCUCAUCUCGGGCUCCACUUGGAGCCAGGAAGGCAAACCUUCCAAAUGUGAUCAAAUGUGCAUAGUGGCACCAUGAGACCAUGAGACGUCAAAGAUGCGUCUAGGUGCCAGCGGCCUCACAACGAAGGCAUUGCAAAUGCACCCAUUCACGACAAAGUCGUGGAGUCAGACAAAUGCCGACUGCAGUGACCGUAGACUCGCCUACUUCCCGAUUUCAGUGUCAGCUUCAAGAUUGGCUUUGGCAAUCUCUUCACACGCAGGUUACAUGUUGGUGGAGCUCGAACAGCAUUGUUUAAUUGGCUAUUCGCCAAGUCACAAGGAGGUGAGAUGGUCUUGCGAGUUGAGGACACCGAUAUAGCUCGCUCGACAAAAGAGUCAGAAGCUGCAAUCCUGGAGGGUCUGAAAUGGUGUGGCAUAACUUGGGAUGAGGGCCCAGACAUUGGUGGUGAGCAUGGACCCUAUCGCCAGUCCGAGCGCAUCGAGGCUGGAAUUUACAAAGAGCAGUUGGAGAAGUUGAUGGCGAAUGGGCAUGCCUACAGAUGCUUCCUAUCUCCUGAGGAACUGGACGAGAUGAGGGCUGAAGCUGAGCGGAAUGACCAGGCCUUCUUUCUGCAGAGCCCAUGGGCCAAUGCAUCUGAUGAGGAGGUCCAGGCCAUGAUCGACCAGGGCAAGCCGUAUGUCUACAGAUUCAGGGUGCCCUUCGACAGGGAGAUUGUGGUUGAUGACUUGGUCCUUGGAGAGGUCAUCUGGAAUUCAGACGACCUCGGUGGUGACUUUGUCAUCGUUCGUCAGAAUGGCAUGCCGAUGUACAACUUUGGCGUUGUGGUGGACGAUGCCUUCAUGGGCAUUUCGCACGUGCUCAGAGCUCAGGAGCACCUCAUGAACACACCUCGUCAAAUCCUGAUGUAUGAAGCCUUGGAUCUGAAGGUCCCAACCUUCGGGCACAUGCCCCUGAUUUUGGCUCCGGAUCGAACAAAGCUGUCGAAACGACAUGGGGCUGUCUCCGUCGGUGAGUAUCAGAACCGUGGUUACUUGGCAUCGGGCAUGGUCAACUACUUAUCCCAGCUUGGAUGGAAUGAUGGGACCAAGCAGGAAAUCUACACCACCGACGAGUUGCUUGGCGCCUUCAAGAUGGAUCGCAUGAGCAAGGUGGCCGCAAUCUUUGACACCGACAAGUUCAAGUGGGUGAAUGGACAUCAUGUCAGAAGAUUGAGUGAUGAGGAGGCUCUUCAGCUCAUUGGCUCACAAUUGAAGGAGCAUGGGCUUGUGAAAGAGGUCUCUGGAGACUUUGUCAAGAAAGCCUCCCAACUGCUGCGAGAGAGAAUUAGCACUCUGACGGAAGCUGUUGAGGAGUUGCGAGCAAUGCUGCACUUCGAUCUGGAGGAAAUGCUGACUCAAGACGUGGCUCAGCCAUAUAUCGAAGACGGUUCCCUGCAAGAGACAGCAAAACUGCUUCUGGAUGCACAGGAGGAAGGACGAUUCGAUUCCAUUGGGUCAGAUCCCGAGGCAAUGAAGAAUGUAGUGAAGCAGAUCAAGAAGGCAAGAGGAGAUGUGAAAAAGAAGGCUCUCCUUGUCCCUUUGCGUCUUUGCUUGACUUCCAAAUCCUCGGGUCCAGACAUGACUGUUUUUUUCGAGAUGUUGAAGGAAGUGGACGACAACGUUCUUUGCGAAUGUGUAUCCUUGGAAAAGAGACUGCAAAUGCUGAAGGAGAAGUUUUUAGAGCAGCCGGUGCAUGCCAGCUGAAGCUUCGACUUUUGGCUUCG